AUGGAGAAAACCGAUCGGAAAAAUCAUUUGAUUCGGCAGCAGCUGCUGUACUCGCGUCUCACAUAUUAUUAUUACGGCUCAUGGGUUGGCGGAGGUGCUCGUGUCACUAGUCAUUUUCCAGGAAAAUCACAAUUUACUCGGAGGAAAACCGUUACGAUUGGUUCUGAACGAAUUGAACGAAUUAUGGAAAAGAACCGCGAUCUCCGAGAAACAUACUCGCCGCACCGGAUGCCCCUGAUGCGUUAUUCGAUCCUCGGUGAUUUUCUUCUUUAA